AAUUACAACUCCGGUGCUUUAAAUGUAUAGAGCACACACUACUCAGGACACUUUUUUUUUUAGUUGCAUGCAAGUUUAUUUGACAUACAAUAAUACUGUUUAACAACAAUAUAUAUAAAUAAAUAUAUAAAACUGUUUUUGGUGACAAUAAUUAACGACACGAGCUUACGCGAACAUUGUUGUGUUGUCCGGUUAUUUUUAAAAUUUACUUUUUAUAUAAGUUUUGUUUUUUUUGUUUAUUUUUUUACUAUUUUUUAAAAUAUAUAUAAUAUAUAUACAUACUACAGUAUAUAAGUAAGUUUGCUUGGUAUUCCUUUGUUGCUGAUGUACAGGAGAGACACUGCCGUAAUAUUGAUAAGGAAGUAAACAAAUAUAUUUAAAAAAUGGUAUUAUUGAACAACUUGUUAAUUGUUUUUAAGAAAAAUAUUGUCUUUGACAAAUUAAUUGUUUUUAGUUAUGCACAUGUUGUUAUUAAUGUCAUCGUUGUCGUGAAUAUGGUGAGAUUGUGUCAAUAUUUCGGGACCGUGUUAACAUACGGGACUUGAUCGGGAUAAAAAAAAUAUGAGCACGUCAUUUUUUUUUGACCUGCUAUGAUGAAACAAAAAUAAAAUUUAAACUUGUGGUCUUUUUGUUUUUGUUAUAUUUUUUUUUUUUAAAUUAAUAAAGCUAAGUGCCAAUGAGAUAUUUUUGUACGGUCGCGCUGCUAUUUACGGAUCUCGGGAUGACGAGAGUACUUUUUUCGCGAAGGCAUUGUCCGGAUAAUGUUUCAGUCGUAUAAUUAAUUGUUAUUAUUAAUUUAUGAUGAUGGAGGUAGCGGAUGAUUCUCUCGUCUAAAGAUCCGUCGUGUCCGCGGAAUCGCGGGAAAUUAAUUUGUAUUAGAAGCAUGGAAUUGUCAAUAUGGAUCGCUGUCAAAGCGGCGAGAGGUUUUCCUCGUUACAGGAAAAAAAAAAAUACAGUAAAUAAAUAAAAUUAUAAUAAUAUUGCUUCAGUAAAAAAGAAUACAGAAUCUUCGUGUCGCGUUUGUCGCGGUUAAAAAACGAAAAAAAAAUGUUUCGAUGGAGGCGAAAAACCUCAGGAAUGAAUGAUGAUUCUGUUCUCUGAAUUAUAAAGCAACAAUAUUAUCGUUUUGGAUGGUCAAUCGUGUAAUGAGAACUAACGUCUACUUCACUACUCUCGCAGGCGUUUUGAAGAAGGCUGAUUAUUCAACGCGGCAUCUUCUAUAAAUUAAUUAACUUCAUCAACGAAGAUGUCACGAGAUUACGACAGUAGGAGACGGAGUAAUGCCAGUGGAUCCAGCAAAUUGCGAAUGGAUACAAGUGUAUCCCAGUCACGACCACAUGUAGAACCAUCGUCAAGCAAACGUAAGGAAUUGGACAACGUGAUGCGCAAAGCUCGCGAGUCACAGUCAAGUUAUUGGAAUAAAAAAUUACUUGAAGUUGAAGAACGUGAUCCUAAUCGUUGGCGUCACAGCGGUUACAAAGAAUUGUAUGUUGGUGGGAGUGCUGUCAGCGGUGAGACAAGCGCUAGUCGUAGUCAUCCGAGGAGUCCACGUAGUCCACGUCCACGAAGUCCACACAGUCCACGAGGCGGAGGAGGCGGAGGUGGAGCACGUAGUCCAAGAUCACCGCGAGAAAGGACUCACAACAACAAGCAACGAGUGGCGCGUAGUCCGAGCACCGGUAGUACUUGCUCAGAUCGCUCGUGUUCCGUGUGCUCACCGAGGGAACGUCGUCGCGUUGUGCCGCAGUCACGAUCACGAUCGAGGUCGAUAACGCCGGUACGACAGCGAGCACACCCGAAGGAAAUAGCCGCGUCGUCGAGUUCGCGGGCGGCUGUGCCGUCACGUACAGCAAGACCGACAACGAGGCCGCCGCCACCUAUGCCGCGUCCGCGUACUCCACCACCUGAACCACAGCCACCUUCAUCACGACACCACAAGGAGUAUAAAGCUCUCAAGGAGAAGGAGGCUAAAGAAGCUAGGGCUCGUCGCAAAGAAAAACAUCACAAUAGUAGGGUGCCUGAAGAUCCAAGGGUACCUGAUCCUAUUCCUUUGAUGCGGAGACCAGUUAAAGUUGAAAAAACACACUCAGGGCAUCAGCCGGUAUCAGCAGUUCACGUCCACCCACCGCCAGCAGAAUCAUCUGGCAGUGAAGACAGCGAUAGCUCAUCAAAUGCCUCACAAACUGGACCUCCACGAAUGACUUUAUCAGAACGAUUUGGUAAAAUGGCGCAGUGGAGCGUUGACAGACGAGAAAUGGAGAACAUGCGUAUCACGAAAGACGGUGAAAACUCAAUGAAAGUUGUAAUAGAAGGGGAAGAAAGAAUCGCAAGAUUAGGAUACGAUUCACCACCACCUGGACACUAUCCGGAAACUUUACUCGCACAAGGACCACGUGGGCUUGACUGCUGGGACGACGUGCGUGUUAGGUACGAUUACUACAAGGCACGUGGGUACUUGAGGGACUUGAGCCUCGACGACUACGUCAAGUGGGAAGAAUGGUGGUACAAAUACCAAGAGUGGCUGGAGGCUGAACGUUUUUACGAGCAAUGGGCAACGAGCGGCGGUCGUUCUAACGACGGACCUAGUCGCGCUGGUCCCGGCCAUCGUCACGGAAAUCGUGGAGGUAUCCGCAACCAUAUGGGUCGCGGUGGUCUUGCAUCUGGUGGACCCUCUGGUCCUCCUGACGGUCACGGCAUCCCGAUCUCCGAACGUAUCGGCAAUACCGAACGCGGUGGUAUCAUUACAGGCGGCAUAAGACUACAAAAACGUCGUGGAAGACGUCUCAACGUUGUCCACUAAUUUUAUUACUUUAUUCUUAUUAUUAUUAUUUUUUUUUAUUAUUAAUGAACUAAUUAAUAAUUAUUAUAAUUAUAAAUUUAUACAUAAAUAUUUAGCUCGCAACGUCGUGUCAUUUGUUGACUGCAGCUCAAAUAUCAUCAUAAGACUUGUUCUUAUAAAAAUCAUGCUUAAAAAGUUAAAGAAAAAAUAAAUAAGCAAAUAAACUGAAAUAAAGAUGUAAACAGUAUGUUAUAAAUAUAUGUAAUAAAUAUAACAUGUGCUAUAA